AAAACGUAUCGUCAUGUAAUGUUCCUUGUUGGAGUAUUAUCAGAGUGCGUUGUAGAUCGAAUAGAGUAGUGCGUAUUAAUUUUUCACUCUUCCCGAAGGAAAAGCACGCGUUAAGGGUUCGAUCAUCGUAGAGAAGGGAAAUCGUGAAGAGGAUGAUAAAUCUAACGUAGAAAGAAUAAUCGUGCGUUCGCGCAGGCGCGGGGAAAGGAGAGGAGACGAGUUCCUCGGGAUUGAAGUAAUAUCGAGCGCUCGAGCGCGAAGUUGCACACAAAGAGCGAGAGAGAGAAAGAGGGAAAGGGAACGAGCUAUUUGGUAACGUUUCGUCGUUUUAGCUUGCUCGAGCCUCGACGGACAAAGCGAACGCGCGCAUUCAGUGGCCUGCGAAUUGUGCCGAGAUACACGAGACCGAGCCCGGAAAAAAGAAAACGAGCCGACACGACCGACGGGUCCGUCGACUAUCGAUGCGCGGCUCGUCUAACGUCGUGAUAAGGAUAUACGAAGCCCACUUAAAUGCUUCGAACGAAUUCUUACUCCAUGUUGUGCGUUGGUUGCGACACGACUGCGUGUUGGAAAGUGAAUGUAUGGUGACACGCGGUCGUGACGGAGCAACCAAAGAGCAAGUUGUGGCAAAAGACGCAUAAUUGUUCGUCUAGCUGAUUGCAACUACUUGGAGCUUCACGAGUGAUUGCAAAUAGGAAGAAAUUAAGGACUUGUUCGAUCAUCGCUAUCCACCUUGGAAUAAUCAGACAAGAUGGAACGAGAAUCUAAUCCAAUGCAAGCUCUCUGCCGCAGUGGCUGUGGAUUUUACGGCUCGCCAGCCACGGAUGGCCUUUGUUCUCUUUGUUACAAAGAAAAUCUGAAGAAGAAACAGCAACCACCCGUCUCCGCUUCUACUGUACCACCUUCGCAGACCGUCUCUGGUAACGCUGGUACGUUGCAAGGCGGUUUUGGUAGUCCUGCGGCAACAGGAACUACCGCGCAACCCACCAUUCCUACCAUACCUCAACCAACAACGGAUCUACCCAACCCCAAAGAAAUAAAUAGGGAAGAUCAGGAAAGCGAAGUGAGUGUUAGCAGCGGAGCAGUAGCAGAAGGAUCAGUGAGUAGUGGGGACGCGGACGACUGCUUUGAUGGCAAAGAGACUGACAAAGAAACAAAGAAGAAGAAAAAUCGUUGCGCCGUGUGUCGCAAAAAAGUUGGUUUGACGGGAUUCGAGUGCCGUUGUGGAGGACUGUUCUGCUCUGUGCAUCGAUACAGUGACAAGCACGAUUGCAAAUUUGAUUAUAGAGAAAUGGGCGCUCAAGAAAUUCGGCGCAACAAUCCGGUUGUUGUUGGUGAAAAAGUGCAAAAAAUUUGAACUAUUUAGUGCGUAGUCGUUGGGAAAAUGGUUAUAUAACUAUAUAAACAAACAGAAUAUAAAACGGAGAAAACGAGAUAAAUUAUCUGGCAGCUGAUUGCACGUCGAGGGGCGAAACGGGUGAAUGCGAGAAUCGUGAACGAAAGAGAAAGGAAGAGGUGGGUGCACGAGUGAAAGGGAGAGAGAGAAUGGGGGGGAGAGAAAGAAACAUAGUAACGAGUGUGAGAACACAGGAAAGAAUGAGUAGCGUUUAACGGGGUAGAGAGAGGACUAAAGGGGGAGAAUGGGAAUAAAAAUUGGUAACACGCAAACGUAGAAACACCGGGAGACACGAAAUUUCUGAGGUUAGGUAAAACCGAGAUAUAGAUACAAGAGAAAGAAAAAAAAAGGAUAAAUAAACAGAAAUUAAGAAUGCGUGCGACGUGUACGAAUGUGUUUCGAAAUUUGAAUGUCAGUGCCAUUGUCAGAUUGUCGUAUUUGCGAGAGUUUUAAUCGAGAAUAUAUUUGGUUCUAACUGCUGCCAGCUUACUACUACUAUUACCUAUUAUUAUCUACGAUUAUUACGGUUUAUUAUCAUUCUAUAUUAUGUUUAUUAAUUUACUUAAAAACGCAAAAUUUACGUAUGAAAUGUUUGUUUUUUUUUUUUUUAAACUAAACGAAUUCUUGGUGCGGUCAGUCUUGUCCAAGACGCGUUUCAUCGGGAAUUCUGAUUUGAAUUGAGAGAGAGAGAGCGCGCGUGCGCGAGCGAGAGAGAGAUAUAACAAGAUUUAAAGAAAAAAAAAAUACAAAUUUUAUAUAUAUUUCUGUUUCGUUCGUAUAUCAAAAAGUAAAAAAAAAAGGGAAUGUUGCUUAGGUAGUGGCUGACGUUGAUGGGUGAUCACAAUCCUAGGUUAACAAUUAGUCUAAUAAUUAUUAAGUAUAUUAGUCUAUUGAUUCAUAAAUAAUGCAAUGAAGUAUAAGUAGUACUGUGUGUUUAUGUCCAAUUUCACGUGAAUAUAACCAGCAUUAUUCCUCAUUAAAUAUGUUUCAAACUAUAUUGCAAAUCAUUAUUUACGCCAUGUGUUCACGAAUCUCCGCAAAAAGUGAACCCUGUAAUAUUUAUCUGGAUUCCCUACUGGUCGUUGCAGUAGAGAAUCGAUUGUCGGACUUGUCCAGUCGAUUUUCUCGAGUUUCUUCUUCUUCUUUUUUUUUUUCGCCCUUGUUACGAAUCGUACGUACAAAAGAUGCACGACAGAUAUUAUUGUAUAUUGGUGCUAAUAUAAUUGUACGAUGAAACGUCUAAAAACACGGCCGACCCGAUAAAAGAGAACGAAGGCCCCUCGACGAAGGGACGACUAUCGUCCUAAUUCGAUCACAAAAUUGCGAACAGAUCAGAAACGAUUCUCCGUCUUUAACCAUUUUCUUCUAUGUUGCAAUAUUUUUAAAACGAACAUUACGAUCUUUUCUUUUUUUCUUUAUGUGUCUCUGACUCUUCUUAGGUUAGCUCGUAGGAAGAAGUAAGUGUUGAGUUUUAUGUCGCUUCUAUUAAAAAAAAAAUUUUGAGCGAACUAUAUAUAUAUAUAUAUAUACAUAUAUAUAUAUAAACAUACACGCGUCUUUGUUGUUUAGUAAAUUUUCUUUCUUUCUUUUUCGAAUCAUUUUCUCGCAUAUUGUAAUUUUAUUUUCUUUAUCGUGUGUGAGAAUCGAUAGUCGUCGCUGGGUCGUUUUGCGAUUAUUCUGCGAAGGUAGAAAGGAAAAAAAGAGAGAGUGAGAACGAGAGAAAGAGAGAGAGAAACGAAAAAAAAAAAUCACCGCACUGUAUCGUACCAUCACGUUUGUUGCUGUCUUUGAGAUAUACUUGCGUUUUUUUUCUACUUUUUUUUCUUUGUUUCUCUGAAGAAAAGAAAAUGGAAGUAUCGAAACCUUCGUCUAUUAAAAUUCUGCGUGAUAGCCGAUAGCGAUAAAUAUCGAACGAACUCUUACGAAUGCAAGAAGUCCUUGUAUUGAUUACGUUAUAUAGAAUAAAGUGAAUCGUUCUUAAUUUUCA